AUGAACCUCGCGUCGGGCAACGGCAACCAAGCCGUCGAACCGAUGCACAUUCUGAGCGCCAUUGUCGCCGAGGACGACAGCCUGGGCGUAUUUCUGCUACAAAAACUCGGCGUAAACGUCGGGGCGCUGCGAAGCGUACUGAAACAACAAAUCGACCGGCUGCCGAAAGUCGAAGGCGGCGACCCCUAUUUUUCGCGCGAAAGUUCCGCGGUCAUUCAGAAAGCCUCGGAUUUCACGAAAACGUUCGGCGACAAAUACGCCUCGGUCGAACACCUGCUGCUCGGUAUCAUCGCCGAAAAAGGGGAGGCCGGACGGCUGCUGAAAGACGCCGGCGCGACCGAAAAAGAACUGAUCGCGGCGAUCAAAGAGCUGCGCAAAGGUUCGACCGUCGACAGCCAGACCAGCGAGCAGGAGUACGACGCGCUCGGCAAAUACGCGAUCAACCUGAACGAACAGGCCCGCAAAGGCAAACUCGACCCGGUGAUCGGCCGGGACGAGGAGAUCCGGCGGGUACUGCAAAUCCUGUCGCGGCGAACCAAAAACAACCCGAUCCUGGUCGGCGAACCGGGCGUCGGCAAAACGGCCAUCGCCGAAGGAAUCGCGCACCGGAUCGUCGACGGCGACGUCCCGGAGAAUCUGCGAAGCAAACAGGGCGAGUUCGAAGAGCGGCUGAAAGCCGUGGUCAAAGAACUGGUCGGAGCCGGCAAAGGCGACGGCGCGAUGGAUGCGGCCAACAUCCUGAAACCGGCGCUGGCGCGGGGCGAGUUGCGCGCGAUCGGCGCCACGACGCUGGACGAGUUCCAGAAAUAUUUCGAACAGGACAAAGCGCUCGAACGGCGUUUCCAGAAGGUAAUGGUCGACGAACCGACGACCGUGGACGCCAUUUCGAUUUUGCGGGGCCUGAAAGAGCGUUACGAAAACCACCAUAAGGCGAUCGACCUGAUCGACGAAGCGGCGGCCAAGCUGCGGCUCGAAAUGAACUCCGUGCCCGAAGAGAUCGACGAACUCGACCGGAAGGUACGCCAAUUGGAGAUCGAGCGCGAAGCGAUUCGCCGCGAGAAGGACAAGGGUCGGAUCGAAGAGCUGACGCGCGAGAUCGACGAACUGAACGCCAAACGCACGACCCUGCGCGCCAAAUGGCAGAGCGAACGGGAUAUUUUAGAGAAGAUACAGAAGAACAAACAAAUGCUCGACGAUCUGAAGGUUCAGGCCGCCGAAGCCGAACGCAACGGCGACUACGGCCGCGUGGCCGAGAUCCGUUACGGCAAAAUGCGCGAGACGGAGACCGAGAUUCAGAAACUGCAGGCCGAAGUGAACAAAAACGCCGAGGCCGGGGCGAUGAUCAAAGAGGAGGUCGAUGCGGAGGACAUCGCCGAAGUGGUCGCCCGCUGGACGGGCAUUCCGGAUCAGGCGAUCGCGGCCGUUUCGGACGCCGUGCGGCGUUCGCGGGCCGGGUUGCAAGAUCCGCGCCGGCCGAUCGGAUCGUUCAUCUUUCUGGGCACGACCGGCGUCGGCAAGACCGAGUUGGCCAAAGCGCUGGCCGAAUACCUGUUCAACGACGACACGAUGAUGACGCGUAUCGACAUGAGCGAGUAUCAGGAGCGGCACAGCGUAUCGCGGCUGAUCGGAGCGCCUCCGGGAUACGUCGGUUACGACGAAGGCGGUCAACUGACCGAAGCCGUGCGGCGGAAGCCCUACUCGGUCGUACUGCUCGACGAGAUCGAGAAAGCGCAUCCGGACGUGUUCAACAUCCUGCUGCAAGUGCUCGACGACGGCCGGCUGACCGACAACAAAGGCCGCACGGUCGAUUUCCGCAACACGAUUAUCAUCAUGACGUCGAACAUCGGUUCGCACAUCAUCAUGGACCGGCUGUCGAAAUACACCGACGAUACGCCGCCCGAAAGCGUGCUCGAAGAGACUAAAAAAGAGGUUUUCGACCUGAUGAAACAGACGAUCCGGCCGGAGUUCCUGAACCGUAUCGACGAGAUCGUGAUGUUCACGCCGCUGACCCGCGACGAUGUACGCCAGAUCGUCGUGCUGCAAAUUCGCCAAAUCAACGAAAUGCUGGCCCAGAACAGCAUCGCGCUGCAGGUGACCGACAAAGCGAUCGACUGGCUCGCUGCAGAAGGGUACGACCCGAUGUUCGGCGCACGUCCGGUCAAACGGACGCUGCAACGGUAUCUGGUCAACGAACUCUCGAAGGAGAUCCUGGCCGGCCAGGUAGACCGCAACAGCACGAUCCCGUCGACGCCGGCGCCAAAGGAUUGGUUUUCAAAAACUGAUCAUCCGGCGUUGCCGCACGACCGCCCGCCCGGCGCAAGGGCUAUCCAUAGGUUAAUUUCAUAA